AUGGUUGUUAUAACAGUGCACAUAUUAAUGAAAAUGUCACACAAGCAGCUUCUGCUUGCUAACAAAAAUGAAUCUGUCCGGGCGGAAAGUCGACACAGGCGUGAAAGGCAAGCUGCAAAGCGAGGCCGCUCAAUUAGUCCAAGGCCACUUAUUGCUAAUGGACGAAUGUUUGAAAUGAAACACCUCGACCAAGAUUUACUCGGUUCAACGUCAACAUCAAACUAUGACACUCUGAUAAAUGAUUAUUUUCAUCGUUGGUCCGAUUACUACUCAGUAACAGCUGCACGGGUUGAUCUAUCAGCGCGUAUCAUACUGCCACUUGCUUAUGGUAUUGUAGUUUCACUCUACUUCUCAUUUUACCUAUUCUUGUAA